UCCCAGUGUGCAAACAGGAGCAUUAAAUACUCGAAAUAUGAAUUGAAAAGGAUUGGAAAAUAAAUCAAUUACAUAUAUAAUUAUUCGUCAAUUAUCUUCGGCACGAGCUGAACUCGGUCGGUAUUUGAAAAGUUGACCGACUUAAAUAACUUCUGCACAUUUUGCAAUUUGAUACAUCGUUUGGGUGAACUGUGUAUCAAAAUUGAACUUUAUAUGUUCAGUAUGAACCUCGUACCUGACAACAUUAAACAUAAGUGAAAGUAAUAAUUUUUUCUUAAAAAAAGAGGAAAAAGAACUGAAAUAUUUUCAAUUAAAAUAAAAAUCCGAGAAAAAGUGAUUCUGAACUCCAGAGAUUAUGACAAUGGCAGCGGUACAGCGUCAGUUGCCACUAUGAUCUGAUGGUGUGACAGUGAGUCUGACAGUGAUGAGUCAUAGUGAACAUGAUAUACCGCCUCAUCUCCUAAGCUGAGUGAGAUUCUGCUGCGCCAUGAGGCUAGAACUACUCAUCGCUGUGCUGCUCUCAUUGCUGGCGGCGAGUGAAGGUAUCCGCGUGGUGGAGGUGGUCGUGCCUGCGGUGGUGACGGCGGGUCAGGCGGUGGUGCUGGAGUGCCGCUAUGAGGAGGAGGGCGACAAGCUCUACACCCUCAAGUGGUGGCGCGGCGACGACCAGUUCUACCAACUAGUACCACCUAAGCGGUCAUACUACCACGCAUCGGGCGUGUCUGUUAACAUGUCUGCUACUGAACACCUCAAUCCUUACGGGUCCAAGGGCUUGGAGCGAGUGAUGCUGGAACCUGUGAGCCUAGACGCCGCGGGUGUAUACAAGUGCGAGGUCAUGGCUGACCAAACCUUCCACACAGUCUCCCAGCAAGCCAACAUGACUGUUGUUUACGUACCAGACGGGUUGCCCGCGAUGUACGGCAUGGAGGAAGCGCUGCAGGUGCGGUCAGGGCAACGGGUGCUGCUGAACUGCUCCACUCCCCCGGCCUCCCCACCACCCGUCAUCACGUGGCUCGUCAACGGCAAACGGGCCCCCACGGAUUGGUCAGUGUCGUACGCCCCCCAGCUACGCGGGGCCGGCAGCCCCCCGGUGAGGGUUAGCAGCACCCUAGACUUUUACAUCCCCCCUGGUCUGCUCGGGGGCGAUGGUCUACACGUGGACUGUGUUGCUAGGCAGACCUUGUCGGGAUACCACCAGACCACCUCGGUGGUCUUGCCGCAGGAGAGACUAGCCUUCUCCUGGCUCUUCUCCAGUGGCCGGGGCAGCGCAGCGCUGCUGCCGUGCGCUGCGCUGCUCGUCGCCUGCGCUGUGGCGGCGGUGCUGCUGCGCCUCGACUCUGCGCCGGUCAUCGCCGGAGCUCCGGCGGCCAAAUAUUAAGUGUUGAGAAAAAAUAUAAAAAUUUCGUCACCUAAGAUCACUAAUUUGAACAUGCCAAUAUGAACGUUUGCGGGAGACUUAAUUUACCACAUUUAAUCAUCAUUUCCAUUUCUUUGACAUUUUGAAAAAUCGAUUCAAAAGUUAUCGUCAAAGAAUGAAUUCAACAUAAAAUUUUAGAGUUUGGUAUUUGAGGUUAAUUACUUCAAACAUUUUUUCUCUGACUUGAAAGCUGUUUAGAAUGAAUGUAGAAAAAUCUCUCUCGCAGGUUCACGAUGCUACUAACUAUUAUGAAGUUACUUUUAUAUGUAUAUCAUUACCGGUAAGGCAAAUAACUCUUUAAGAGACAUCAGCCUCUACAUUUAACUAAUACAUGGAUGGUUAACGUUUAAUUUAUAAUUGGAAUAUGUAAUAAUGUAACGUUUACUGCUGUAGAUAAUCUACUUGCUCAACAUAUAACAUUCUUAGACUAUUGUGCUAUUGAUACGCAGAGCCAUACAUAACUUCCCGUACAGUUAGGGAGCUAACAUGACUAUGAUGUGUGGAGUGAUGUUCAUCACUACGAUGAGGAAAAUAUUAUGAGAUAUAUAGUGGCGUGCUACACGACGAUGAUGUGAUACAUAAACAUGAGUUACAUGAUGAUGAAGAGUUACAUGAUGAUGUGGUUCAUGGUGAUGAUAAGGCACAAGAUGAUGAGCCGUAGAAUGGUGCGGUGUGAGACAAUGAUGUGCUGCUUGAUGCACUAAAAUCUGCAAUACAUGACCUGUUAUGUGAUGUCUUACGUGAUGAUGUGGUGCAUGACGAUGAUGUCUCACACUAACAUCUUCAUGUUUGUCUGUAAGAAUUUCACCAAUUCAAUACAUUUUAUGAAUAGGAAAAGAGUGACUAAAUAAUCAUGAGGUUAAUCCCUUAAGUAUUUUCUUGAAGUUAACUUAUUGUAUCAAACGUCUAAGUUAGAAGACUUUUAGCGCUGUAUUCAGUGCAUAUUCCAAUAAGUGAUUGCAGACUGUUGAAAUUUGAAUAUAACUGCAAGUGGUUGCACAUACGAAGGAUCAAAAGUACAGAAAAUUCAGCCUAUACGUCAACACUCAAUAGCUAAUAAAUUAUCGAUUUAAGUGUCGUGUACUCAACCGUUUAAAUGAUAGGCUUUUGAAGAUUGCAAUUACAAUUUGGAAGCGUAACUCAGUCCUCGGACUUUUUAAAAUGUGAGGGCCAUAAGAAAAUUGAACUAAAGUACGUAAAAUAUGUAAUUCUUAACUUGUUGGAAUGUCUGUUCUCUGCAAAUACAUUAAUUUGAAUAGAAUACUCAGCGCACGACAGAUAAAAUUUGAAAGAAUAAUACGCCUGCGACAGAUAUACAUUAUACGAAUAAUCAACAUAAAACAGAAAUGAAUAAAACAGAUUAUCUGCGAAUUUAUGGAAGACUGAUUCCGGUUGCAAAACAAGCCCGCGGGGAUAAAUUCUUAUUUAUGAAAUAAAAUAAAAAAAAUUAAAAGUAACAAAAAAUUGAUCCGGAAUUUUAAAAUAUAAUCAUCGUGAAUUCAGCUAUCUUUCGAUAAAUUCAGUCAAAGGGCACAUGAAUGUAAUUGAAGUUUUGUGGGAGGUUCAACUUCCUAAAAUCCGAUAUGAUGUUUUUCUAAAUGAAACCUAAGACAUCAAAUUAUUAAUUUUGAAUUAACAAAAUAAAUAGAAAAGUAUCAUAUAUACACUUCAAUAGUUAAUUCCUGCCAACCACAACCACUUUCAAUGCAGGGAUCUUUUUGAAGGUGAUCAAUCAUGAGAUUUCUCAGAGAAAUUUUGCUAUUUCACUGACCAGAUACGAUGAUCGUUAUAAAUAUACAUAUAUAAAACCAAGUUUUUACAUAUUCUGCGGAUCACUCUGCAUUAUCUCAACUCAAAAAUUGACUAAUCUGAAUAACUAAUCUGAUGAAUAAUCGGAAUAACCUUAUACCAUUUACUGUGAACGGAGUCGUUUUAUAUAUGUCGAGAUUGAUCAUCAAAAUACUAUCAGUAUUUACUAGCGCCGUGUGGCUGUUGUGUGUUAGAAGACAGUAAAUAUAAUUUUAAGUCGCUUACCUUCCUUUAUCACCUUUGUAAAUAACACGCUGCGUUAGACAAUAAUCAUACUCCUCUUCUUAUUUGGCUUUUUCUUGUCCCUAACUUCAAGUUGCCGUGUUUGUCCGAUGAAAGAUCAUUCAAUAAUAUAUCUUGUGUAUUAGUCAACCGUACUUAUCAACCUGUUAGCUUUCCGCACUUGUCAACCGUACUUGUUGACCGCACUGAUUCAUUGUAUCUUUCAUGUGUGUAUUUCAGCUGAACCUGUCAACCGCAGCCGUCAACCAUACCUGUCAAUAGUGCUGUCUAUUAUACCUGCCAGCCGUUCUGUUAACCGAAAGCUGUCAACCGAAUUUGACAGUCGUACUUACCAUUCGCAAUCCUUCUUAUCGGUCAAACUUUAAAGUCCAUAAUGCCAUUCGUGUUUGUUAACCAUAAUUGUCAACUGAAAAUAUCAACUGUAUUUUUUAAUUUUACUUACAAACCGUACUUUACACUCGUACUUAUCAACCGAACAUGACAUUCGUAUAGAAAAUAUUUUCUUGUCAACCAUACUUGCUUGCCAUUUUUAACAAUUGCGUACGAAACAGCCGUACUUUUCAACCGGUAAUUUAAACCAUGCUGGCCAAUUAUUUUUUAAUUUUAUCUGUCAACCGUUCAAAAGCAAUCCUAUAAUAAUCCAUGCAGCGACAUCUCCUACACUUACACUUAACUGAUUUUCCCAAUAAGUCAGAUUUGCCAUAGGUAUUGUAGGGAAAUAAAUAAAAUUAAUGAAAUGACUGAACUGUCUGAACGUACAAUUUAUGAAGAGUUUAUAUUACAGGCCUUAUGUGGAUUUGAAAGACAAAAUCGAUGAAAUAUUUCGCAUAUAGUAAGAUUUAUUAUCAUAAUUUGGCGAAUGAUAUUCCAUGAACAUAAAGAAUAUAUUUACCGCAACUGAAUAUUAGUUUGAUUUAUUUAUGUGAUUCAAAUGCCACUGGAAGAAACAUCCCACAAGUAACUCUACGGACUCUUGUCCCAGUAUUUAAUUAUCUCUCUGGUGUUCCCGACUGGCCAUAGGUUCGUAACCUCUUCCUAAUUCAGCAUCAUGAGGUUUCGGAAAGUCAUCAU